CAUAUUCGCAUAGAAUUAUCCUUCAAUGGGCCCAGUCAAAGUCCAAUUUUAACGAAGCAGGGAGUUGAAGUGCUCCAGUCAGUGGUUCUCGACACUUGACGUUGACAUUCGAAGCUCCGACGGCUGCCUUUCACAAACGCCGAUCAACCUAUCUCUGCUGCUGUAGGUUUUCAUUUGGUCUGGUCUUCAAUGGCAGCAAUCAAUUUACGGAAUCCUGGAAUCUCACCGGCACGAAAAUCAGAUGGCGACCGACGUCUUUCUUCGGUGAAGAACCUUAAUGGAUCACCACGAAGCUUUUAUGAAUCCAUCAGUUUGAAUCAGCAGCAACGUGUUCGGAAAUCUGUUUCCUCGUUGGCGGUGAAGUCAAUGAAGAUCGUUGAACAGAGCCAGGAACCAGCCUUUUCUUCCAAUGGUCCUAUUUUCCCUUCUAGUGACAGCAAUUUGAGGCAACCUCAGAUUUCUCUAGAUGUUCAAAGGAAAACAAAGAUAGUAUGUACAAUUGGUCCUUCAACAAGCUCACGUGAAAUGAUAUGGAAGUUAGCAGAAACAGGGAUGAAUGUGGCACGACUUAACAUGUCACAUGGGGAUCAUGCAUCACAUCAGAAAACCAUUGAUAUUGUCAAAGAAUACAAUGCUCAGUUCAAUGAAAAAGUCAUAGCUAUAAUGUUGGAUACCAAGGGACCUGAGGUCAGAAGUGGAGAUGUAGCUAAACCAAUUCUCCUUCAUGAAGGGCAAGAAUUCAAUUUCACCAUUAAAAGAGGAGUUAGCACAAAUGACACUGUUAGUGUAAAUUAUGAUGGCUUUAUAAAUGAUGUUGAACCUGGUGACAUACUAUUGGUUGAUGGGGGGAUGAUGUCAUUGGGUGUUAAAUCCAAGACUGGAGAUUUAGUAAAAUGUAAAGUAAUUGAUGGUGGAGAAUUGAAAUCAAGGAGACAUCUCAAUGUGCGUGGAAAAAGUGCAACUUUGCCUUCAAUAACAGAUAAAGAUUGGGAAGAUAUAAAGUUUGGAGUGGACAACCAAGUUGAUUUCUAUGCUGUUUCCUUUGUGAAGGAUGCUGAAGUGGUUCAUGAGCUGAAAGAUUAUCUGAAAAGAUGCAAUGCAGAUAUCCAAGUGAUUGUAAAAAUUGAAAGUGCAGACUCAAUAGUCAAUCUUCCUUCCAUACUUUCUGCAUCUGAUGGGGCAAUGGUUGCACGUGGUGACCUUGGAGCAGAGCUUCCAAUUGAAGAAGUUCCUUUGUUGCAGGAAGAUAUUAUUAGAAGGUGUCAAAACUUGCAAAAACCAGUUAUAGUAGCAACAAACAUGUUAGAAAGCAUGAUUGAUCACCCAACUCCAACAAGAGCUGAAGUUUCUGACAUUGCAAUAGCAGUAAAACAAGGUGCUGAUGCUAUCAUGCUUUCAGGUGAAACUGCUCAUGGAAAUUUUCCACUAAAAGCUGUGAAAGUUAUGCACACUGUGGCAUUAAGAAUCGAGUCAAGUUCGCGAGUCAACUCGAACUCGGUUUCUCUUUCUCGUCACUUGGCUUACAAGAGCCAUAUGGGUGAAAUAUUUGCCUUCCAUGCUGCAACAAUAGCCAACACUGUUGCUACUCCUAUCAUUGUCUUCACAAGAACAGGAUCAAUGGCUGUGAUUUUAAGCCAUUUUCGCCCUUUCUCAACUAUCUUUGCCUUCACAAAUGAAAAAAGAGUUAAGCAGAGAUUGAUUCUUUAUCAUGGUGUGAUGCCAAUUUAUAUGGAGUUUUCUGAUGAUGCUGAGGAGACUUUUUCAAGAGCCCUUAAUAUUUUAGUGGAUAAGAAGUUAGUGAAGGAAGGGCAGUAUGUUACGCUUGUUCAAAGUGGAGCACAACCAAUUUGGCGUCAAGAGUCUACUCACCACAUACAAGUUCGUAUGGUUCAAGGUUGAUUUUUUCAUACAAAGUAACUCUUUAUACAAAAAAAGGGUGACAAGGGUAUUUAUGUCUUUUUAACAAACAAGAAACUGGUCCCACCUUUUUGUCUCAAUGCCAACUUUCUGGAAAUGUCAAUUUGUUUCGAGCUCAAAAUUUUCUUCUUUUGUUUUUUGUAACUGUAUAUUACAUGUAAGAAAUGUAUGGUGCUCCUAUUAAUAUAUGCA